AUGGCUGAUAACAAGAAUAAAAAUCGAAAGAACUUAACUUCCACGGAGAAACUUAAUUUAUGUUUGAAGAGUAUGAAUCUCCAUUCGGAAACCUCUGGAUCCAGCAGCACAACAAAAACUGCGUAUACUUUGGCUCUCAGCAAUAAGAAUGGCAAUCUGGUCCUGAGUAUAGAGACAGAAAGCUCUAAACAACAACAUACUUCACACAGUCAAACCAAACCGAUAACAGCCGGACCGAAAAAUCCUCCGAAGACAUCGAAACCUCACACUAACCAGAAUACCGCCAAAAACAAAACCCCACAUGCUUCUAAACCUCAUCCUAAUUUGAGUAGUGGAGCAAAAAACCCUCCGACGACUUCCCAAACUCACACUAACUCGAAUAAUGCACAAAAAAAACAUCAUAAUUUAAAUACUGGACAAAACAAUAAAAAAAACACUAACCAUCCUGCCAAAGCUAAUCCCAGCUUAAACACAGGUCUGAAAAAGCCUCCCCCUCCUCUGAAAACUCAUACCAUUCAAAAGAAAAGUUUUAAAAAUACAUUCAACCCUCACCCGAAAUUUAAUACCGGGUCAAAAAGUUACCAACAUGCUUUCAGCACUCCUUCAAACUGGUCCACUGGGCCCAGAGAUCCAGAUGUCACGACCCAUUCCAACUGGCCUAUCGGGUAUGAAAGUUCUUCCGCUGCUUCCAAUUUUAAACCGAGCUUUAAUAAUUUUGCUCAAAGCAAUUCACCGGUGCAGUUACAUGGAUCUCGGGACCAGAACCCCAGACCACAGUAUGAUAGCGAUCGAUACCAAAUAAAAGAAGACGUGUCACAAGAACAAGAGCAGCGACCUCGCCAGAACACGAAUAAAAAUGAGUUCAACUGUCCAACUUGUAAAGCACCAUAUCUCCCUCAAAUCUACCAAUGCGCAAGUGGUCACAGCGCUUGCCGCAGAUGCAAGGAAAAUGGCUGGUCAUGUGGAAUAUGCGGCCAAGUCAUUACUGAUAUAAGGAACUUUACCCUAGAAGGAUAUCUGACUGAUAAAAAAGUUCCAUGCCCACACGAGGGCUGCAAGCUGUUCAUCAAAAUGUUCGAAGUUUAUACUCACAUCAAAGAAUGUCCAUUUGGAAUGAUCAAGUGUCCUGCAUGUUCAUAUUAUGAAAUGCCAUUAAAGCAAUUGUCUGGUCACUUUGUCGAUUUUCACCCGGGAGAUCGUGUGAUUAGCUCCGAAGUCGAGCUCCGCUACAUUUAUGAGCCUAGGCAAAAGACGUACCUCAUGCAAGUCGGUGCUUUCCACUUUUGGUUCCACGUGUCAGUAAAAGACCGACGGAUAUACAUGGCGGUUCAACUAAUCGGCACAAAGGUUAGUGCAUCGAAGUGGUUUUACGAAAUCCACAUCUAUUCUAAGAAUGAACCUCAUAGAAAGUACACAUUCUCUGAGAUCUGCACGUCGUUCGUGGAGCCUGUGUUUGAUCUGUUCAAUGAAUGUAAAUGUUGUAUUCUGACUCAGGCACAGGCUGUUACUUUUCUUAACAACGAUGCCAUCAAUUACAAGGUUUUCAUAAAGAAAAUCGUUGAAAGUAAUCCUCAAAUAGAAUUGUGCAAUUAA